AUGGCUGAAUCCAUUGUAUUUGGCAUCGCCACUGAAAUUUUGAAGAAGAUAGGUUCCCUUGUUGGUGGGGAACUGUCGUUGCUGUGGAAUCUGGAUAGUGAUUUAAAAAGACUUCAGCGAACCAUGAGCGCCAUCAAAGCUGUGCUUUUGGAUGCCGAGACAAAGCAGACUCAAAACCAUCAGCUGCGUGACUGGCUUGCGAAGCUUAAGGAUUUUUUUUAUGAUGCUGAGGACGUUUUAGAUGAAUUCGACUUUCAAGCUUCCAGGAGAUCGCAACGGGGGAGCUCAACAUUAAAAGUAAGUAAAUACUUUUCAAGCUCUAAUCCUGUUAAAAUUGGUCACAAGAUCAAGGAUAUUAGAGAAAGGUUAGAUGAAAUCGCAGAUGAUAGGCGAAAUUUUCCUUUUUUUCUUAUUGAGAGUCAUGUUGACGUGAGGCAUGUAAUUCCCAAGGAGAGGGAGACUAAUUCCUUCUUCCAAGCUUCUGAUGUCAUUGGAAGAGAGAAGGAUAAAGAAAACAUUAUAACCUUUUUGACACAACCAGCCGAUGUUAAUGUCUCCGUCAUUCCUAUAGUUGGGAUUGGGGGUUUGGGUAAAACCACUCUUUCUAAAAUGGUUUACAAUGAUGAAAGGGUCUAUAGGCAUUUUGAGUUAAAGAUGUGGGUGUGUGUUUCCGACGACUUUGAUGUUGUUAGGUUGAUUAAAGAAAUUAUUUAUUCUGCAACACAUGAGGAUUGUGCUAAGUUAAAAGCCGAUGAAAUACCCAGGCGUUUGCAAGAAAUUUUGGCUGAUCAAAAGUUUUUGCUUGUUUUAGAUGAUGUUUGGAAUGAAAAUCCAAUGAAAUGGAUGGAUCUGAGAAAUUUACUGCUAAAUGGUGCCAAUGGAAGUAAAAUUAUUGUUAGUACACGCAGUAAAACUGUUGCCGAGAUAAUGGGCACCGUUUCCCCAAAUUUCAUAGAAUUACAAGGUCUUUCACCUGACGAUUCUUUAUUGUUGUUUAAAAAGUGCGCAUUUAAAGAUGGAAAAGGAGAAGAUUUUCCAAACCUCAUUAAAAUCGCCAAGGACAUUGUGGGAAAAUGUAAAGGAGUUCCGUUAGCUCUGAGAACUUUAGGGAGCUUACUUUUUGCAAACACAGAUGAAGAUGAGUGGUUAAGAAUAAAAAGCAGUGACUCCUGGCAGCUGAAACAGGAAAAGGAAGGCAUCUUACCAGUAUUGAAACUGAGCUAUGAUAAUUUGCCGUCUCACUUAAAGCAAUGUUUUGCUUAUCUUUCCUUAUUUCCAAAGGAUUAUAUCUAUGACAGCUGCAAAUUUUUGGUUGAAAUUGGCAUGUUUGGUGUGGAAGAAGCAUUUGAGCAAGGUGUUUUAGUUGAUGAAAGAGCGGUUGCCGUGAAGAGACUAGGAGAUAUAUUCUGA